AUGCUCCCCAUCGUGGAGCAACGAUCCCUGUGCCAGGUCAUACUCGCUCCAAGCCUGCAGCCAGCGAAGCCUGGCAACAAGAAGGUCUUCCUCGCCGGUACAACGACCAAGGCCAAAACAGAGCCCUUCUUUUGGAGGGACCCUGUCAUCGAAGCACUGAGGGACUUCCCCGUCACCAUCUUCAACCCGUUCCGGCCAGACUGGGACUCGACCUGGAGGGAGGAGCUCACCUACGACCUGUUUGUAGAGCAGACGAAUUGGGAGCUCGACAGGCAACAGGACGCAGAGAUCACGGUCGUCUACUUCCAGCCCGGCACCGACGCGCCCAUCAGCCUGCUCGAGCUGGGUCUGCGGGCGGGAUCUGGCCGUAAGGCCAUCGUGGGGUGCCCGGAGGGACCGCCCAGCUUGCAUGCUGACACGACGAAGUCGAUCCGCAGUCAGCACGGCGCGUCCCACAUUCAGGCCACGGGUCUUACUCACCCGCUCGCGAGGAACCAACAGCCCUUGGCGGGCAUCCCAGCUCAGCUCAUGGAGAGCAGUCACAGCGCAACGACCGUGCCGAGUCAGCCGCAGCAGCACCAGGAGCAGCGGCCACAGCCAGACGAUCGCUCGUCACCUGAUGCUGCGGGCGGCGACGAGGCGCUCGGGUCGCCGCUCUCGGCAGAUAGCGGCCAUGGUAGCGGCGCGGAGCGUAACGAGGACCACGAGCAGGAGGGUGCGCCCUCGAUCAGCGCUCUGAGUAACUUUUCGAUCGAAUUGAAAUACUACUUGCCAAACGACGAGAAAGAACAAAACAGAUUAGACCUGCAGCAUGCUCUAGCCUCGCGAGUUCUGAAUGGCAAACUCUACUUAGCUCCGAUUGGAGACAACGUCCACCGCGCACUAGACAUUGGAACGGGCACGGGAAUAUGGGCCAUUGAGUUUGCCGAGCAACACCCAGAAGCCGACGUCCUGGGGACGGACUUCUCGCCCAUCCAGCCAGAGUACGUGCCACCAAACUGCCGGUUCGAGAUUGACGAUCUUGAAGAUGAAUGGGUGUACCGCCACCAGUUUGACUAUAUACACGGCCGCUACAUCGUAGGCUUCCUGUCCGACGUGCCCAGGCUCAUCCGCAACAUCUACGACAACCUCAAGCCGGGCGGGUACGUCGAGUUCAUGGAGACGCUCAUGACUAUGGACGCCAUCGACGACUCACUGAAGGGCACCGCACUGGAGCAGUGGCAGACUCUCAUGGUUGAAGGCGUCAGGAAAACAGGCAAGGACCCGCUCGCGUGCGUGCACCUCAAGAAGUGGCUGGCCGAGGCCGGGUUCCGCGACGUGCAGGAGAAGAAGUACGCGGUGCCGGCGAACCCCUGGGCCCGGGGCGAGGAGCAGAAGAUCCGCGGCAGCCUCAUGAUGACGAACCUGCUCGAGGUGGCGCAGGGCAUCACGAUGCAGGUCUGCACCAAGGUGCACGGGUGGACGCGCGAGGCCGUCGAGCUGUUCCUCGUCGACGUGAGGGCCGAGUUGAAGGACCGGCGCAAGCACGGAUAUGUGCCUAUUUGUGGUUUUGUCCAGCUGAACGACAAGCUGUCAGCAAAACGGGAUGAUCUCGACUAUCAAGGCUUCCCAUCCCAUGAUUUCAUUUACCGCACAGCACAAAGCACCCACCAGAAGGGGCUUCUAGACCUCUGUUCACUUCUCCAUAUCCAGAGAACGGGCAUAUCUCGAGGCGGAUCCAGACCAAGCCCUACGGAGCAGAAGCAAGCGAUGUCAGCUAACGACUACUACGGCGGCGGCGGCGGUGCCGGGGGCGGGUUCCCUCCGCAACAGCAGGCCUACGGCCAGCAGAACUACGGCGGAGGCGGCGGAUCGUACCAGCAGGGAGCAGGACACCAGCAGCAAGGCUACCAGUCGCAGCACCAGGGCGGUGGCUAUCAGCAAGGCUACAGCCCCAACCCGUCGCCGCAGCCUCCUCAAGGGUACGGCUACGGCGGCGACCAGUCCAGCUACGCCCAGCAGCACCAGCAGCCGCCGCCGCCGCAGGCGUACACGAGCCCCGCGCCGCAGGGAGGGCCCUACGGCGGCCAUCCUCCCCCGCCGCAGCAGACCUACGGCCACGACGGCAGGGGCACCUCGCCGUACCCUCCUCCCCAGCAGCAGUACCAGCAGCAGCAGCAGCAGCAAGGGUACGGCAGCGGCGGCGGUUAUCCCCAAGGAGGAGGAGAUGGUGGUGGUGGUCAGCCACAGUACCAAACCGGACCCGGGGGACCGCAGGACGAACGUGGCCUCGGCGCGACGCUGAUUGGCGGCGGGGCGGCCGGCUGGGCUGCGCACGCCGCCGGCGGAGGCGCGCUGGGGACCAUGGCGGGCGCGGUGGCUGGCGCGGUGGGCGCCAACUUCAUCGAGCACAAGCUCGAGGGCAAGACUAAGAAACACAAAAAGGACAAGAAGGAUAAGAAGGAUAAGGACAAGAAGCACAAGGACAAGCACGAUAAGCACCACAAGCGCCGCGGUAGUGGCAGCUCCAGCAGCUCCAGCAGCAGCUCCGACUAA